AUAUAAACAACGCUAGAACAUUUGGGCGAGAAACAGGAAGAGGAAAGCGGACGAGGGUUCGGUUUUGUGACCUCCUCCUUCUUCCAAAUCCAAUCUCCAUCUCUCUCUCGCUUGCUCGCUCUCUCGAACUCUUUCCGGCGUCGGCGAUGGCAGCGGAGGCCUCCAGAUCGGGGGCGUCGGCGGACUCCUACAUCGGGAGCCUCAUAAGCUUGACCUCCAAGAGCGAGAUCAGAUACGAGGGCAUCCUCUACAGCAUCAACACCGAGGAAUCCAGCAUAGGCUUGCGCAACGUACGCUCUUUUGGAACUGAAGGCCGAAAGCAGGAUGGGCCACAAAUUCCUCCUAGUGACAAGAUAUAUGAGUACAUACUGUUUCGUGGAACUGACAUCAAGGACUUGCAAGUUAAGUCUUCUCCACCACCCGCUCAGUCAACUAUCAUAAACAAUGAUCCUGCUAUAAUUCAGUCACAUUAUCCUCAUCCUGCCUCUACCUCUACAAGUGUGCCUACUGUUGGCAGUGGAGGUGCAGCAGAUGUUACUUCCCAUUCGGCUCAGUUGGGACUUCCGGGCCCAACAUAUCAGGGCAGUUUACCCCCUUAUCAGCCAGUUGGUGGCUUAGGGACUUGGGGUUCUUCACCCACCCCUCCGACUGCAAAUGGCUCUGGGCUCGGAAUGCCGCCAAUGUAUUGGCAAGGAUAUUAUGCCCCAUCUAGUGGGCUACCACAGCUUCCACAAACGGCAUUGCUUCGACCACCACCAGGAUUGCCUUUUCCUCAUUCCAUGCAGCACCCUUUUCAAUAUCCUGGAAUAAAUCCCUCUUUACCAUCUGGAGCUCAGAGUUUGCCUGAGCUUCCUCCUCUGUUUCCACAAACCAAUUUGAACUCAGUUCUGACAUCUACUACAUUGCCGUUGACAUUGGAUCCAUCAUCAGCAAGCUCGUUAUCACCAGAAACAUCAUCCACUCUUCUGCAAACUAAAACUCCUGUUGCAACUAUGGCUGUAUCAACUCUUGGCAUUAGUUUUCCUCUAGCCUCACCUUCGAUUACUAAUUUUGAGAAAGUUAUACCUCCAACUACAUCUGUUUUUACUGCCAACCCUAUUGUUGGACAUGGUUCUGCGAUGCCAUAUUUAUCUGUUUCACAGUCUGAAUCUCCUGCUGCUGUUUCAUCAAGUUCUAGUAAAGUUGAAAAACCAGUAGCCUUAGUGACUCCUGAUAAGCUGUUGCCACCUAGCACCUCCAUGCUUCCUUCUUCUCAGCCAUCGCAAACAAGCAAUAAAGAUUUUGAUGCUAGAAUCGUUGACGAGAAAACUAAACCAUUACUUCCUGAACCAACACUUGGUGCACCAACAGAAACCAAGGAGCCAAUACUGCCACUGCCAAAAUCCAACGUGCAAAAGCCAAAUGGGGCUACCUCACACAAUUUCUACAAUAGGGGGCGUGGAAGAGGGAGAGGAAAUGAGCCACGCCAUGUGACUAAGUUUACUGAAGACUUUGAUUUUAUGGCAAUGAAUGAAAAAUUCAACAAAGAUGAAGUUUGGGGCCACCUUGGAAAAAAUAAAGCCCAUUUGAAGGAUAAUGAUGGAAUGUUUCAAGAAGAUGAAACUUACGAUACUCUGGAAGAAGAUACUCUAAAGCUCGCAUCCAAGCCUAUGUAUGUCAAGGACGAUUUCUUCGAUACACUUUCUUCCAACACUCUUGAUCGAGGAACUCACGGUGGGAGGACAAGAUUUUCAGAGCAGUUGAAAAUAGACGCAGAGACUUUUGGGGAUUUUGCAAGACAUCGUCCGAGUAGAGGUGGUGGGCGUGGCUUCCGUGGUGGAGGACGUCGAGGAUCCUACUAUGGAGGUGGCUAUGGCUACAACAACAGGGGCCGGGGUUAUGGUUACUCACAUCGCACUUCCUAGGGAAGGAACUCCCUCUAGCUUUCAUGUUUAUGCAAGAACACUCAUUUCACCGUUAAUCAGAAUGUAAUAGACUGAUCACUAUAGGGUUAUGCCUAGAACAUCUUCGGAGUCUGUGUUUCAUUUGAUCUGACUGUCGCUCGGAGAAUAAGCAUAUGCAACCUCAACCUUAAAAUACUAGGAAAACUUCUCAAUGGUCCAUCGUUAUAUGUUUCUGCAUAGUUUAGCUUCAUGUUACUUGAAUGCAAAGCCGAUCGAUACGUAUCAUGGUUCUUCGGAACCAAUCUCAUGUAAAACAGUAAAAGGAAUUGCUUCUCCCCAAUCUUGCGACUUGCUUAAUGGAAUCCUAUCAGGUUGUUUUGGUUUGUUUUA